GCUCUCGAAAGCGAUCCGUCUUCGCGUCCGUCGUUGGGCUUCAUUUGCGUUGUUGUUUCCUUCCUCCGCUCUUCAUUUGAGGCUCGAAGAAGGGGAAGAAGGCGGCGAAGGGGAGCGAGGGAGAGAGGGAUAAGAGAAGAGAGGGGGUUUGCGCUCUCCGGGGUUCCAUCGAGGCGACGGGAGGCGCGGCGCCAGCUCGAGAUCCAGGCUUCGUGUCGGUUCCUGGAAGCAUUUUUCGCGUUCAUUUCUCUCGUCCCCCCGCCGCCUCUGACAUCUUUCCCCGGGUUUCGCGGUAUUCGAUCUAGGGUUUUUGAGGAAGGUGGAGCCAUCGGAGCUUCGGUUUCAUUUAUUGUGGCAUUUCGAGCUUCUAGGCUGCUCUCCUUGGCUGCGGUUCUCGGAGGCCUGCAGAAGGGCUAGGGCUUGGGGUUUUGAUUUCCUGGAGGCAGGGCGGGGGUCGACUUGCCUCGAUUUCAAUCAGAUUUUGGUUUUUAAAUCGUUGCCGUGACCAUUCGGUGGAAGCUAGGGUUUUUGCUGCCAAUAUUCUGGCAGUUAUCGAUUUGUUUAAGCUAUGCAGGACUGAGUAUCCAAUAUUGCCAGAAAAAGUUUUAUAUUGAAGUCUCUCAUUGAUGGAUCUUGAGCUAUGGUUUUGUCCGAAAUAAGAUACCUUUAUCAUUAGUGAGAAAUAAUCAUUAUGUGAAUUUUGAAUGGUUUAUUUUCUGAAUCCAGUAUUCAAAUAAGUCCGCCUAUUUAUGAAUUACUUUAUGAAGGCUAUUUCGUUCGUCCGGGAGAAUUGGUACUGUAGCAAGAUUGAAAUUUUGAGUUUGAUAUUUUAUUUUAGUCUACAGUGCUGAAGGACAAAUACUGGAAUUUAUUUAAAUGCUGUGAUGGGGAAAGCACAAAAGUUCUCAAAAGGAUACCCUUCUGGCUUUGGUCCGGACUACCAUCAUGUAGGGGAUACUAUGGGUGAGUCUGAAGGUUUCGGUAGCUGUGGUCGUGCCGGCUCAGAGGAUUCUUCUGCCCCUAAGAGGAAGUGCAUAAGCUUGAAUGCGGACAGAUGUGACAAAUUUGAUAUCCCAUUUGAGCUAUUUUCACUUUCAAAGAUGUCCAGGUCUGAGAAGAAAGACUUGGAGGUGAGACUUAGAAGGGAACUCGAGCAGGUUCGAAUGUUUCAGAAGAAAAUGCUCUCUAGCAAUGCAACAGGCACUAAUGGGGUUGCUUUUUCAUCCUCCAGUGAUGGGUAUGUAAAAAAAGGGGAUCCGUUGGGCCAGAAUGGUUCAAAUUUGAAGUGUGUUAACUCUGGAAAAUUUGAGAUGGCAAAGAAGGUGCAACAUACAAAUAUAAUUAGCAACCCAUAUUCUAUUCUAAUGAAACAGUGUGAGACACUUCUCAAGCGCCUGAUGAGCCAUCAAUAUGGAUGGGUAUUUAACACUCCUGUUGAUGUAGUGAAGUUGAAUAUUCCAGAUUACUCUCAAGUUAUCAAACAUCCAAUGGAUUUGGGAACCAUCAAGACUAGGAUAGGAUUAGGUAGCUAUUCCAGCCCAUGGGAUUUUGUUUCUGAUGUCAGGCUUACUUUCACCAACGCGAAGACCUAUAAUCCACCUGGUAAUGAUGUACAUAUUAUGGCAGACACUAUGAGUAAGUUCUUUGAAACAAGAUGGAAGCCGAUUGAAAAAAAAUUGGUUGCUGCUGAUGCUGCUGCUAGUAAAGAAGCAGAAACUCCAAAGCCAGUUCUGCGGCCAAACAAGAGGAAAUCUCCCCCUCACAACAAUAAUAUUAUCCUCCCAGAGGAUGUGAGGCCGAAAAUGACAAUUGAGGAGAAACAGAGCCUAAGUAGGCGCCUAGCAUCUCUAGGAGACAUGCCCGAACAUAUGGUUAACUUUUUGAGAAGGAACAAUGCAGUGAGCCAUACUAGCGAGGAUGAGAUAGAGCUUGAUUUAGAUGCAAUGAGUGAUGAUUUACUAUUUGAAUUAAGGAAGCUUUUGGAAGAAUAUUGUCUUGGGGAACGAUUAAGGGUCCAAGCUAAAGCUGAGACUUAUGAAGUUGAGAUUUUAAAUGAAUCAGGACUUAGCAAUUCAUCGAUGCAUGCUUGCAAAGGCAAUGAACCAGCCGAGGAGGAUGUUGAUAUUGUUGGCAAUGAUCCUCCUGUUUCAAGUUAUCCUCCUGUGGUGAUAGAAAAAGAUGCUAUGCUAAGAAGCGGAAAAUGUAGUAGUUCCAAUAGUUCAAGUAGUGAUUCUGGUUCAUCAUCCAGCGAUUCAGAUUCUGGUAGUUCCUCUGAAAGUGAAUCAGACAAUAAAGUUACUAGUCCCAAGAAGGAUAUGAAGAAAAGUAUUCUGUCCGGGCAAGCUUUGGACCAAGAAAUAAGUGAUUUAUCAAAUCCACGUGAUGGAAACAGAACUUCAGAGGGUACAAAUCAACAAGAACAAGUAGCGCAUCCAAAACCUGAAUCUGUUGUGAUAGAACAAAACAGGGAGGGGGACAAUGCUCCAUCUGAAAGGCAGUUCUCCCCUGAAAAGCUCUAUCGGGCAGCUAUUCUGAAAAGUCGCUUUGCUGACACAAUUCUUAAAGCUCGUGAGAAGACUCUAGAUCAGGGUGAGAGUAGAGACCCAGAGAAGCUUCGACGUGAGAGGGAGGAGCUUGAAAGGCAGAAAAGAGAAGAGAGAGCCAGGCUGCAAGCAGAAGCUAAAGCUGCUGAAGAGGCUCGACGUCUAGUUGAAGCAGAAGCUGCAGCACAAGCUGCAGCAGAAGCUAAGCGCAAAAGGGAACUCGAAAGGGAAGCAGCACGUCAAGCCUUGCUACAGAUGGAGAAAACCGUGGAGAUAAAUGAAAGCAGUGUAUUUCUUAAAGAUCUGGAAAUACUUAGAACUGCUCCAGGUGAACACUUACCUAGUUCAGUUGGUGAGACAAGCCCGGAUCGCUCGCCAGAGGGCAUCAGUGGCUUUCAACUUGGGGGAAGCAACCCUUUGGAACAGCUUGGUUUAUACAUGAAGGCCGAUGAUGAAGAGGACGAAGAAGUUGAGCCAAAUAGUGCUACUGCCAAUGAUGCUGAGGAAGGAGAAAUUGAUUGAUGGUUUUCAGCUCUGGUUACUAUGGUAUGCCUGUUGACUAAAUUUUGAUGAGGUUAAUUUAUGCGCCAUGGCGUGGCAUACUAUGGUGAACUAGGUAGGUGUAUGUUUGUCUGAAUAUUCAGACACCUUCAGUUUCUUCAGACACGCACAUCAAGCACUAUGAAGAUACAUGAUUGCUGUAUGAAGAAUGUGAUAUGGGUGAUGUAGGUGGAUCUUGUUUUAGUUUAUGGCUUGUGGUUCUCGCAUCUUCAAGGUUCAUGGCUCCAGUCCCAUUAGAUGGAUCGGUGUACCUCUUCAGGAUAAGGACAAUAUCAUCCGGUGAUGGGUUGGGUAUUUGGAUCUUCCUUGGCCAUAUAUUUGAAUCAGGGGAAUUAGCAUUUGCAUGCAUCAGAUGAUAUUAGCCCAGAGCAACAGGUGGGUUUUGUAGAUUUUUGUUGAUAUUACAAUUUUGCUUGUGGCCCCAAAACUGUACAAAGACAAAUUAAAUAGUCAAAAGAACUGUUUCUAAAUCUUUUAUUCUAUCACCCACAUUCAUCUGGGGUUCCCUGC